UUAUUUACAAAAAAAGCCUAUAUUGUGUCGAGGCUCGCGUUUAUUUGUUUCCGUAAUUUUUUAAGUGACGAAUUUGGAGUGAUUAUCAGUUUUUGAAUUUUGUUUGGCUUUAGGAACAAUUUUUGAAAUGAAGGAAAUUCGGUAUACCGUCAAUAAAAAAAUCCUUACCUUAGCUUUGGUAGGAGUCAUAAUGGUGUGUUGUUCCUGCCUCAUCUACUUCUAUGAUCCACUCAAUUUCAUUAUACAAAAGUUGCUUUCUAUUACACCUGGAAGCAUAUUAUUUGGAUUAUGGGCAGACCCUCCUUACACACCAGCGCUAAAAUUCUACAUUUUUAACGUAACGAAUUCAGAACAAUUCCUUAACGGCGAAGAAAAGCUAAAUAUUACUGAAGUAGGGCCGUACUGCUAUAGGGAAUACUUAACAAAUCAGAAUGCAACUUUUGACAUCGAAAAAGGUACUAUGACAUUCCGACCGCAUAGGAACAUCGUUUUUGAUCCAGAGUGCUCAGUUAGGGAUCCAAAAAAGGACAGAAUUCUUGUUCCCAAUAUUCCACUUCUUGGUAUUCAGAGCUAUUUAACCGAUUACAAUUUCUUGACGAGUAUGGCAUUUUCAAGCUUAAGUCUCGCCAUGGGAUCCCAAUCUUUCGUUAACAUAACAGUUGAUGAGUAUUUGUGGGGUUACAACGAUAGUCUGGUAGCAGUAGCCAAUCAAUUUGUUCCAAAAUGGAUUGAUUUCGGUACAUUUGGUAUUUUCGAAAGGUUGCUGAGUCGAGAUAAUGCUAAUGAAGUAGUAGUCGCUGUCAAUCCCGAAAAAAUAGAAUCUCGUUACAGUAACCUUUUGUCAGAAGAAGAACGCAAAGCAUUUUUCCAUAUAGUAAAAUGGAAUGGUCUGGAAGGACUACCGGAAUGGGGAUACGACGGUAGCGACGAAGCUAUAAAAACUACUAAGAAAUGUCAAUUAGUAGAAGGUGUUUACGACGGAACAUUCUAUCCUCAUCCUAUGAAGAAAACAAAUAUCAACUUAUUCAGAAAAGCAUUUUGUCGUCCUAUAACUUUGGAAUACUUCGAGGAAGGUUACACUAAACAAGGAUUCAAAUCUUACAAUUACAAAAUGGCUUCCAAUAUGUUCGCUUCGCCGGAAGAAAAUAAAGAAAAUGAAUGCUUUUGUCAUGGAGGAGAAUGUCCAGGAAAAGGCUUGCAAACUAUAGCGCCUUGUUAUUACGAUAUACCGAUUACAUUAUCACAACCGCAUUUUUUGAAUUCCCCACGGGAAAUUGUUGAUAGUGUCAAUGGUUUAGAACCAAAAGAAGAGAAGCAUAACAGCAUAGCUAAAAUGCACCCUUAUUUGGGUAUACCUCUAGAUGAAUCUGCUUUAAAAAUACAAGUGAACCUAGGGAUUAAACAAACCAGAUUCAAUUCAAAAACGAGACCUUUUAACGGCCUUAACGUUCCUAUCUUAUGGAUAGAACUCAGUUGUACGAGUUUACCAUCUACCGUAAGCUUCCUCAUAACACUAGUGACAGAUAUAUUACCGAUAGGUCAAAAAGUAUUAAUAUAUUUAUUAGGUAUACUUGGUUUAGCUUUUAUAUCGGGUGCGGCGUUGCUAACGUUGUUUUUCACUAAAACUACCAUCCCUAGGUCUCUAAGUAUUGCUUCUGAGUAUUCGCCCGUACCUGUUAUUCAUUUACCUGCCAAGUAUUUCAAAGAUAAAGAGAUAAAGAUUCGUAAAUAGGAAAUUGUUCUUUUGGUUUUUCAAUAGGACUCAUAGAUUUUUAUAGAUAUCAAGGUUGCUUCCAAAUUCUGUCCACAACUUUCCGGAUCUUAUUUUUUGAGGUAGUAAUAUAAAUAUAUUCCUUUUUAUGAAUUAGAUAAAAAGAGUUCCUACUCAGAUUUAUUUUAUUAUGAUGAUAAAAACGCGAACAAGAAACAAGAACGGGAAGUUAUAUGAAGAACAGUAAUUUGUAUCGUUGAGAUAGGGUAGAGAGAACUGGGGAAGCUUUUGGGUUAUUGUAGGUAAUGGCCAAUUCAUAUUUUGUUUGAUAUAAUUCUUCUCUUGAUAUUUAUAAUCACGUCAAUGUAUACUCAAUAAGGCAGUCUUCAGAAGUACUCAGAAACAACAAUUUUACGAGUAUGAAAAACCAGAACAUAAAAAAUGCAUUUUUGUUAUACAUAAUGAAAAAUCCCUUACUUACAUAUUUAGUAACACAAAAAUAUUAUAACACAUUUUCUUCUUGACUUAAGGGGCAUUCAGUACAGUAAUUUCCGCUUUAGUUUCCUUGGUCAUUAAAAAAAUUGUACGUUUUCUUUUGUAAAGAACCGCAUCUACUACCUGAGUAUUUCGCAAACGUUUUGGCUAAGAUGUCGACGCAAACUUGGACUACUUAUUCUGUGGUCCAUAGCUUUGCUAGGCGAUGAGUAAGUUCAACCUUGUAUUCUUCACGCCGUAAAGGUUUUCGUCCCUUUUUACAUGUAUUGUAGCUAUAUUUAAAAUUUUAAUAAUCAGUUCCUGUGGAUUAUCUUUCAGUAUUUCCAUGUUUCAUUUUUUCUUCAUUAACUCUGAUUUUGAUCUUGCGAUAAAUCUCAUUUUAGUUAACACCAGAAAUUCGUCUGAAUCGAAAUUUGGGGAACAUCCACGUGGCCUUAUCCUCCGCUUUGUAUUUAAGGUUGGUGUUAACUAUCUGCAUAUUCAUUUCUGUGGCCAUAUCACAAACUUUAUGUCUAUUGGCGUUCAUUAUUUCAUGUACCGAUUCUUUACUAGCUACAAACAGUAAUUUGAAAUUAGGACUUAGUGAUGUUAAGUAGGAAUUUCUGAAACUGUUGGUGAUAUUCAUACUGAACACACUGCUAAACUGUUUACCUUCAGUCUCUGAAGACGACAACUUGGUUAUCAAAAUGCGUGUCAAACAGUGUAAUUGUGAGUGUUGGUGGUAUAAACAGUGUGUUCAUUUAAUAAUAUUAAUUCUAAUCUGAAAUUUUUCACAACAGUUUAAAAAGAUUUCAACAAAUUCAUACAAUGUUUCAGAAGAUUUCUAAUUUCCAUGUGGAAGUCGUUGUUGCUACAGAGUUAUUUUUUGAAUUAUUCCAUAUCAACCAGUCGAAAUCCUGAAAUCUAUCCUGCGGCAUGUUUUUUAGAUGUGGGUGUUCACUUGGAAAUAUCUUUUAGCCUAAACAGACGUUUUAGAACGUCUCCUUUUGAACGCCAUCAUAAAUUUUAGCACAAAAGCAGGUUUUAUGAAUAGUAAACUAAACCAAACUUGAAGUAUUUGAGAAAGUUUGACUACAAUAUGAAAUUUAUUUCAAGUUGUUCACUGUUUUCAUAAUUUUUGACACAACCCGACUAAUUUUUUCACUACCAGGUGCCGGAUCGCGGUAAAUAUCGCUUUAUACCAAUAUUUUUCUAAUUAGGGGACGGGAAUGCAUAAAUGAUAUUCUACAAACUACAAAAAUGAUAUAAUCGGUAUUUUCUAUGAAGAUAUCUGAGGAAAAAUAUGUAUUGACGCGAUUAUUAAGAGUUACCGAGCUAACGUCCAUGACGUAAUUGAGACUGAUUUAACUUAUUAGUGGUCUAAAAAAUUUCUUGCCAUUUUCAAUUCUUCGACAUAUAUUAGAAAUAUCAUUUUGUAAAUAACUAGUGAUAAGUUUGAUAGUACUGAAUAUAACGUGUGCAGGCUCAACAGGUGUUUUAUCUAUACUACAUUUCACUCAGUGAUUCGUAAUAUAUUGUAUAUUACAAAGCAAAUUUUCAUAAAAAUAAUUUUCUUUUCUAGAAUAAAAAAGUUUCUGAGACAUAUUGUAUAUAACUAUUAUUAUAUAAAUGCAUCUAAAUGUUCUUGAUUUUAGGUCAGAUAUGUUUUAAAAUUAGUUUUUUUUUGAUAAUUUUUAAAAGAUAUAUUUUGAAGUUUCGACUUUUCAAAAUAUAUAUUUUGAUAAAGACUUAAAGAAAUGUCAAAACGUCAAAAUUUAUCUUUCUUUUAAAAAUUAUAUAAAAAAACUAAUUUUAAAGCAGAUGUGACCUAAAAUCCAGAACAUUUAGAUGCAUUAAUAUAUCAAAAGGUCUAAUAAUUAAAAAAUUAAAGAAAACUAUUAUUAUAUAUAGAUAAUCUUAGAAAACAAGGCACCAUAUAUUUUGUAUAGAAUGUUAAUUCUAAAUUUUGAAAAUUAUAUUUAUUACCGAUUUUGUAUACAUACUAUUUUCAAAAAUUUAUAAUAAUAUAAAUAAUAAAUGUUGAAGA